AUGAAGCUGGUAACUGUGUUCGUGCUGAUAAUGCUCAGCAUUUGCACAUACUCCGCCACAGCCUUUCUCAUCAACAGUUUGCCACUUCCUGUCAACAAAAUCUUACCUGUGGACACGAUUCUCUCUUCCCUGGACCCAUUAAGGAAUCUAUUGAGAACUCUGGGGAUUUCUGUUGAACAUCUUGUGGAAGGAUUGAAGAAAUGUGUGGAUGAGCUGGGACCAGAGGCAUCUGAAUCUGUGAAGAAACUGCUGGAAAAUGGUGACAAAAAAGUUGGCUCUAUCAUUUUUGGUGUGAUAGAAGCAGAAAAUGAGAAUGGAGGAGGAAUGAGGAUGAUUCUCCCCUUCUCCUUGGCUAAUAGUUAUUCUAUAUAA